AUGGCGGAAGCUCCUACGCCGACCCAACAGCCUCGUCCUGUCGUUUACGUAGUUUUCCAGAUCGGCGGCGUAGGAGUCGUCAGCGAAAAUAAACUUGGGCCGGCGCCAGCUUCCAAAGAUUCCAUAGAAGCAAUGCCGAGGAUAAAAGUGAAAGAGAGUGGCAAUGAUUGUUGUGUUUGUUUGGAAGAGUUCGAAGUUGAAGAAGAAGCAAGGGAGAUGCCAUGUAAGCAUGUGUUCCAUUCGGGUUGUAUUCAGAAGUGGCUGUUGAUCCAUGGGUUAUGCCCGGUUUGUCGAUUCUUGAUGCCGCCUGAGACGGCUGAAAUAGGAGGUGGUGAGGGUAAUGGUGGCCGGCGAAGAAUGGAGGGUGGGGAGAUCAAUGGUUUGGAAAUUGUACAGUCGGUUUUUGCUUUUGCUAGCUUGGCUAGCAUGAUGGGUAUGAUGGGUUGGGGUCGGGCUUUCCGUCAACCUGAUUCGGGUCAAGUUGAUGAUGAUAGGUCUUCCAAUUGCAACACGGAUGAUACGCCUUCCAAUUGCAACACGGAUAGCAAUUGA